UUGAUCAAAUGACAUUAAUGUAACAAAUUCAACGUAAAACAUUUACAAAAAAUUUAAUGAACAACCUAUGAAAUUCAUUUCUAUCUUUUUAUAAAAUGGACGACCUGAUGAAAAGUGAUUUAUAUGAACUCUUAAACAUCAGUAUUACCGCUGAAGAAAAAGAGAUUAAAAAAGCUUAUAGGAAGAAAGCUUUAACAUGCCAUCCGGACAAGAAUCCUGACAAUCCUAAAGCAGCUGAACUUUUCCAGCAGCUUUCAAAGGCUUUAGAAAUACUUUUGGAUAGCUCUGCAAGAGCUGCAUAUGAUAAAGUUCUGAAUGCUAGAAAAGCUUCACAAAUAAGGAACAAAGAAUUAGAUAGUAAACGAAGAAAACUAAAAGAAGAUUUAGAAGCAAGGGAGAAAAAUGCUGAAAAUUAUAAGGAAGUUGAUCCUGCAGUAAAGCUGAGAGAAGAAAUUGAAAGAUUGAGGAAGGAAGGCUCAAAGCUACUGGAACAAGAAAAAGAAUUAUUGAGACAAGAAAUUGAAAGAGAGAGAUUUGGCACACAACUGCAAGAAAAUGUUGCUGCACAACAACGAGAAAAUGCUGUUUUGCCUAGGUUAAAGUAUUCAAUAAUAUUAAUAGCACUUUAUAAAGAAAAUGUAAACAAAGAAGUUUUACUCAAAAUCCUUACUUUUAGAUGUGUAAAUAUUAUAUGA